UGCAAUCCCAGCAGAUUCACUACACAGCUCUCGUACGUUGAGCAGUAUAUUACACGAGCUGAAAGUGAAUUGGAGUUAGUUUUGUUAGCAUGGCGAGGUUCGCUACGCUGGCCGUGUGCGCGGCGGCGCUCCUGGUCGCCGUGGCGGUGGGCGGCGCCACGGCGCAGGGCGUCGGCUCGGUCAUCACGCAGUCGGUGUACGACAGCAUGCUGCCCAAACGCGACAACUCGCUGUGCGCCACCGGGUUCUACACCUACGACGCCUUUAUCGCCGCCGCCGCUGCCUUCCCGUCGUUCGGCACCACCGGCAGCGCGGACGACGUGAAGCGCGAUCUCGCCGCCUUCUUUGGCCAGACAUCACACGAGACCACCGGAGGGAGGCAAGGCGCUGCCGACCAGUUCGAAUGGGGCUACUGCUUCAAGGAAGAGGUAGACAAGGCCACCUCUCCGCCCUACUAUGGACGUGGACCCAUCCAAUUGACAGGGCAGUCCAACUACCAGCUAGCCGGGAACGCCAUUGGAGAGGACCUGGUGGGCAACCCUGACCUUGUGGCGCAGAACCCAGUGGUGUCCUUCAAAACGGCAAUAUGGUUCUGGACGACGGCGCAGGGCAACAAGCCAUCGUGCCAGGACGUCGCCCUGAACCGCUGGACACCGACGGCUGCCGACAACGCCGCGGGGCGGGUGCCCGGAUAUGGCGUGAUCACCAACAUCAUUAACGGUGGGCGCGAGUGCGGCAUGGGCCAGAACGCGUUCAACGAGGACCGCAUCGGCUACUACAGACGCUACUGCACCAUCCUCGGCACGGACCCUGGGGGCAACCUCGACUGUUAUACCCAGCAGAACUUCGCCCAAGCCUAGAACUUGUCUAUGCGCUAUGAGUUAUGAAUAAUCGGCAUGUAGUAUAUGCCACAUGUGCAAUAAAUAAUUAAGGAAGAUUUUACAUA